AUGCAUCACAGCACAGCGGUUUCCUCAUCGCCCAUCGUGCAGAGCGUGCCGACGGUCUUUAUCAGCUCUCGGUUGGGAUUGCUGUCGUCUGCACUCUCCGAAGUGCCAGCUGCAGAGCCUUCGAUCGAGGGAGACGGCGUGGUGGCUUUGCACGGCGUGGUGGCUUUGCCCGGCAUGGUGGCUUUGCACGCUGUGGUGGCUUUGCACGCUGUGCUGGCUUUGGGCGGUGUGCCGUCUUUGGGCGGCGUGUUGGCACUGACUGGUGUGGCGGCCUGUCCGUCGGUCCAGGUAACCUUGGUGGGUGCCGGGGGCGGCGAAAUCAUCUUUGCCUUCUUCGUCGGGCCGCCUGCCGAAUCUGCGUCAGUGACUGCAGCCGGGCCUGCUGUGGCCGCAGGCGGAGCAGCCAAGCAAAGGUUUCCAUUUCCAGCACAGAUUCCAGGAUUCUUGCCUGAAGGAAUCCCAGUCUUGCACGCCCCUGGCAAGUCCUUCUUCUGCAAAGCCAACACUUGGCAGGGUUGGCUGGCCUUUGGUGGUGGCGCUGGCAGUGCAAGUUGGCUCGGUGUCCCGUCUGGGCCUGGGGUCGGGGGUUCUCGCUUCAUGGGAGGCGGAGGCACAAGCCAACCAGCAGAAACCAUAGCGGGGACUGGGGGGGCCUUGGCCUUUGCAUUGCCCUCCACUGUCGCGGGGGGAGCUUUGGGUGGGCGCUUGGCAAAGUGCUCCUUGGCCCUCAUCAAAACCAACUGCGCUGCUGUGAGAGCAGCUGAGGUACAUCCCGGGGUGGCGGGACUGCUCAUCUCCCUUUUCACUGGCCCCGGCGUUUUUGUCGCAUCCGAAGUCGAUAUAGACAAAGAAUCGGUCGUAAAGGCAGAUUCAGCUUCGGUCGUCGUGAUGGAGCCGACGGACGCCGACUGGGCAUUUGCG